GGCACCACAAAGCGGGACUCCAGGAGCGCGCUUGCCUUGGGUGUGCGUGUGGACUGCCAGGGCCCUGAGCACGCGUGCUGCUCGACAGGUCACGAUCUGCGCGUCCUGCUCGCUCCAAAACAGCUCUAGCGUCUCCCUGUCUGCAGUCUCUGGCGAGAGCCCGCCGCAGUACGACCUCAUAUCCUUCGUGUCAAAGUACAGGGUUGCCCGGCCCUCAUGCGCGUCGUCGAUUUGGGUGGCGCAGGGCACGGGCGACUGAGUGGCUACCGAGGGAUUGGUCUGCGGUGGCGACGGGGGAGGGUCCAUGCGGGGCGACAGGUCUUCUUUUGGCUGAUUCUGAGGUGCGCGGUCUGGCGGCGGCACCCGGGUGAGCUUAGCACAGAGUCUGCGGUGGAACUCGACUCGCAUUGCGUGGAUCGACCCAGCCGCGCCACAGCGCCAGAUUCGGAAACGCCUGCAGCCUGCCCAAACACUGGUCCUGCACGCCAUCUUUGUAGGCGCCCUGAACAACAUCGUAUAUCUGCGAAAUGCGAAACAUCAGCUGGGUCUCCAGCGACGACUCGCCAAACAGCGGCGAUGCUGCCAGAGCAUCCAAGAGCUCAGCAUGGUGCACCGGGCACACAUGUCGCAGCUUGUCGAGGAUCCGGUAGAGCGCAGAGAAGUUCGCUCGGCGGAGCCGUGCCAAUGCCAGGGUCUGAGCCAUCGCUGCGCCUACGGUCUCUUCGGCCUGGCCCAGAUACACGAGCUGCUCGCCGUAGUCCAUCGCAUUGAGUCGAUCCGAGGUACUGGGCACAUGUCUGCACGCCGGCUUCCAGCUCGGCUCCUUUCAAGUGCACAAACGAUCCGAUCCGUUCCAGCUCGGUGCUGUAUUCUCUGACCAGCGUUUGGCAACUGGCGCUCGGCGCAUCACUGCAGGGUUCUGUGGACAGUGAUGUGAGCAGCAGUUGGUAGUCGAUGUUGUAGUGGCUCCAUUCGGUAAACACGGGCUGCGGGACCGUGUAGCUAUCAUGCGGUGUAUCGGGCAUUUACCAGCGUAUAGUGCCAAGAGUCUUUCUUUUUCGUUAUCAGCUAGAGGCAGGAUGGGUGCCAGGAAGUAUGUUACAAGAUGGUCUGUCUAGCGGUACACCGUAGCACAGAGCAAUACAGGGAGGGGAGAGAAGGAAAGUAAGAAAAGGUUAUAAACAGGAAGAGGGUGGUAAAUGGGUGGGAAGGGCAAUAAACAGAGAAUGAAGAGAAGAAAAA